CGAAAAAGUUAAUAGUUCACUAUUCACCAUGGCUUAAUACAACUUGUUCUAUUGCCAUUUUCGUCUAAUUUAUUAUUUAAUACAGCAGCUCUUCAUUAGCUAAAUAGCUCGUUUGUAAAAAAAAAAAACAUUCUGUUAUUGGUAUAUUGAUGUUUAGCUUCAUUUUAAAAAGGUUGUUUAAUUUGUCGAAAACUAGAAGUAGAAAAAGGCCGGCUAAUUUCAUCGAUAAAAAAAACAUCAUAGGCGUAGAAAUUCUAAAAAAUUCAUCGGCAUUGACCCGAAUAUUUGAAAUUAACAAACAUUUCAUAACAAAUAGCACAAAGGCAAGGUUUAAAUUGCAUAAACCUCUAUCAUCUGAAGUUUUGACGUGUCAUUUACGUCAACGAAAACUUCCGCAUUGGACUUCAUUCUGUGUUUACUAUCAUGAAGUUGUAAAUGAUCAGUUUGGAAAAUCACAUUUCAACUGGCAGGUUGAUGGCAAAAAUUAUCACAUCCUUAGAACUGGCUGCUUCCCAUUUAUCAAAUAUCACUGUUCAAGUCGUGACUACGCAGAUCUUGAUGCUGAAAAUGCCUUCUACACCUUUCUCAAGGUGUUAAAUCUGGGAAUUCCUACUCUUGCCUAUGGCAUAGGCUCUUGGUGUUUGGUCAAGUAUUCUGAGGAUGUUGUGAUGCCAAGUGGUAAAACAGUUAAAGUUUAUUUCCUGAACAAAGAAAGGCCUGAUGCAAUGUAUUAAUUGUGUUGUAACUUGAUUUCUACACUGACUGGCUCUGAAAAAUUAAAAAACUGAUCGUUUUGUAAUGAUAUUGGUUAUUUUAUGAGAAAUUUAAUUCUAAUUUUAAAACCUUGACACACAUGAUUUUUUAAUUUAUUUACAAUUCAAAUAAUUUCCAAUAAAAUGUAUUUCCACUUUUAAAUUUUUUUAUCAUGGUUCCUCAGACUUAUGAACUCAGCUUUGGGUUGAGUAUAGUUGUUGUUUUUAUUUGCCUUAUUUUCAUAGUCCUUGUUCUCAACAUAUGUGUGAACAUCAUAAAAUGCAUGUAUAGGUUGCUGAUUAAGCUAUUCUUCAAUGACAGAAGUGUAAGUGCUGAUGCUUCUAGUCUAGAUGAGACAGGUCCAUUAUCUAGCUCACAAGAUGAGGUGGCCUCCAACACACAAACUCAGAAACAAAAAACUGUAAAAAGUAAAGACUCACCUUCAAGAAAAGAAGAUGUUGCUGCAUCCAGACAAGAAACAUCACAUUCAUCAACAGAUGCCAUAAAGAGAAAGGGGAAGUCAAAGAAGAAAAACUAAUUUACCUGAUUCUAGGAAUAAAAGAUGCUUAGAUGUAAACUUGAUAUACAAAUACCAUGUGGUAAAAUCGUAAACAAUUUUUUAAAUUAUCUGUUUAACUUUAGUUGAUGCCUACAGUAGUUGUCUUAUAGAGGAAAAUAUAUUUCAAUCUGUGCUCACUGAAUACCUUUGUAAAUGUAGACUCUUCAUUGCGUUGUCUUUA